AUGAGAAACAGGCUGUGUAGUCUGAUCAAAAGUCCCAACGUGGAAGGUUUCCUCACCAAUGACUCUGGUUUACCCCCUUUCAUCCUAACUGGUUUCACAGGACUUGAGGCCUCCCAGCAGUGGAUAUUCCUGCUGUUUGGUGCCCUCUAUUCUGUCUCUGUUGUUGGUAAUUGCCUGAUCCUCUUCAUUGUUAAGGAGGAGGAAAGUCUUCACCAGCCUAUGUACUACUUCCUUGCUGUGUUGUCAGUCAAUGACCUGGGUGUGUCAUUGUCCACACUGCCCACUGUGAUGGCCACCUUCUGUUUCCAUGCCAGAGAGAUUGCCUUUGAGGCCUGUAUGGCCCAGAUGUUCUUUAUCCAUUUCUUCUCUUGGACAGAGUCAGGAAUCCUUCUGGCAAUGAGCUUUGACCGCUACAUAGCCAUCUGUAACCCACUACGGUACUCUACCAUCCUCACUGAUGCCCGUGUUACCCAAAUGAAUUUGGCAAUUGUACUCCGAAGCUUCUUCAUGGUUUUCCCGCUUCCCUUCCUCCUGAAGCAUCUGCCCUUCUGCAAGGACAAUACUCUGUCCCAAGCUUUCUGCCUGCACUCAGAUCUUAUCCAUCUACCCUGUGGGGACAGCACUCCAAACAGCAUCUAUGGCCUCUGUAUUGUGGUUUCUGCUUUUGGCCUGGACUCUGUCCUCAUCCUCCUCUCCUAUAUACUCAUCCUCCGCUCCGUAUUGGCAAUCGCCUCUCAGGAAGAGCGACUUAAGACACUCAACACAUGUGUUUCCCAUAUUUGUGCUGUUCUCAUCUUUUAUGUGCCUAUGGUGGGUGUGUCCAUGGCCCAUCACUUUGGGAAGCAUGCCCCUCCAUUUCUAAAUACAGUCAUGUCCUUCAUCUACCUCUUUGUCCCUCCCAUGCUCAAUCCUGUCGUCUACUCCAUCAAGACCAAAGAGAUCCGCUGGAGGCUCAUCAGGAUAUUCCCAGCAAGAAGCUCUGUUCGGAGGGAGCUAGGAUGA